AUGAAGUGGUCGAAUAUAUUCUGGAUAGCUGCGAAGUCAACUAUUGUACUGAUUCCUCUCUUGUUUAUUAUUCGUCUCGCAAUCAUAAACUUCGGAUUCGAGACUAUGGAUCCGUGUAGACCGGAUUCAAAUUUGGAGAAGUGUGCGAUGAAGCACAUCGACUUUAACGGUAACUACCGUAACUGGGAAUCUGCAAACUUCCCGUCCAACAACGUCCAACUCACCGACAAACUGAAGACUGAAUGCACACUCAUCCCCAAAUGCUUCCAACCAUCUCCCUCCGACUGCAAACUCCCACUUCCCUCACCCGAACACUUUCAGAUUUGGUGCCGUCGAAUCUAUUUCUUCAGUGGCGAAUUUUCAAAAUGUGCCGGCAAAGUAAAAGAGUUCAAAUGGUCUCUCAAAUCUAUAGACAUGUUACAGAUCAGUCAAAUAUCUGGAAGUUCACCGUGUGCCAAUGAGUUCUUCAGUAUUCUUUUCUUUGAAAAACCGCAAGCUGAGAAGUGUGGAAUUAUGAAAAAUAACAAGAAAUGCAUUUUGGAGAGUGUCACGAAAACUUGUACCAAGACAAUGGCUGAUGUGUUGGAGAAGGUAAAAAUGAAAUAUUUUAUUUUGACUGUUUUGACCUACACUUCUAUGAUAGAGAGUGCCCCAACUAAACCAGGAUGCACAGAGGAUAAGGUGGAGAAGUUGGGGGUUUGUGUGAAGGAUCUGACCUCAACCGUACAGAAAAUCUCAGUAUGGGCAGAGAAGGACUUCAAGUUUUCAGACAUAGAGAAGAAAGAGUUCAGAGAAAAGUGUGAGGGGACACAGAACUGCUUCAAAUCAGUCCGAACAAGUUGCACAGACUUCCCUGAAGAAGUCACCAAUGAGCUCGACGUCCUAUGCUCCCGAUUCAAUUUUAUUAUUGAUAAAUUCACUGAAUGUGUUCCAAAACUGGAAAAUUUGAAGUGUGUCAAUGAAGUUUUCGGACCGAAAUCUUUGAAGAAAACAACCGACGAGAAAUGCCAAGAUUUGAAAGAACACAAGGACUGUGCUGUCGGAGAAGUGGAGAAGACGUGCGGCGAGAAAUUUAAGGAGAUUUUUGAGGAGGUUAGAGUUUUUUUUUUAGAUUUGAAAUAG